AUACACAAUCACACAGAGCCACUUGAUUUGGAGACUGUUUUGGUUGUUGGGUAACAGUUAUUAUGGAGAGACACUAAAAAAUUGUCUCUUGUUGCUCCAUCACAGCUACUGAACUAAAAACGUGUCCUGCUUGCAGACGGCUGUUUGCCAGAGCCCUUGACUCCUCAGGAGGUGGAGCAAAUGAUUUCCUUCCUGGACAGGGGCAAUCUGUGGUCAGUGUUCCCGAGUUACUGUAGCAACCCUGCAGCUGUGCUCUGCCUAGCAGAAACUCGGUAGGAUAUCAUUGAUUUUGCCCACUUCAGUGAAAAACAGGUUUGUUUGUUUUUUAUUUAAUCAGAAAUGGAAAAAAAAAUGAAGUUGGAACUUUCUAGGCAGGACAGGUCUCAGAUUUGAUGAAACUGUGAAACUAGGAAGUUUGAGUGUUUAACCUAGCAGGUAUUGUGAGUACUCUAAUCGUAGAAACAGCGGUUGGAAUCUUGAAUUAACUGUACCUGUGUGGGUCAUUGGUAACCUAGUCCAUUUUUAUUAGGUUGUGUAGCUGAGGAUAGGAGGGUUGGAGGGAAAUGUUCGGUUUUCAGCAGAAUAAGAUUAAAGGAGAUCUUAAAAUAGUGAGCUUUUAGCAAGUGGUGAUGGUAUACUGAAAAGUUUUUGAGAUUUUAGAGUCAUUUUCCUCUAAAACUACAAUUUGAACUCUAAAGGAGUAGUCUUAAUCUGUGAUAAGACAUCAAAAAAUUACAUUAAAAUUUGACUUGCAGUGUGGUGAGCCUCAAACUAAGGGGAAAAGUCUGGUUGGUUAUGCACAAUGAAAGGAGUGCUCACUAUGGCCAAAAAUGUACCAGCUGCUACUGUUGGUGUAGGGUAAAUAGUGAAACUCCUAAUGGGGUUUCCUGGAACUCUAUUCAGCUGUAGCUAAAGCUGUAUGUACUGAGAACAUUUAAUUGUAUGUGAAGUUUAGAUAAGUUCAAGCUGACUCCCAGAAUGUAUAACAAGACAAACCUCUCUAUGGAAUAAUAGCAUCUGUGAGGGGAAAAAGAACAAAACAAACAACAACAAAAAAAAACUCCAUAUGGGUGCCAUGGCACCUUUGGAUUAAAAUGAAAUGAGGAUAAAUAAAAGUAAAAUUGACUGCCAUUGAUGUAAAACUAGAUUUAUUUCUUGGUGAUUAAAUAGACCUUGCCAAUGCUUCAGCCUUUUUCUUCAUAAUCUAUAAACUUAUGUUCAUGUAACUUUUCUCCUUUAAUUCCUUUUUUAUAUUUUGUUAAAGAAGGAGAAUUAAUCAUAACAAAAUUAUAAAGUUUAAAGUUUUAUAAUACUGUCUAGGGCAGAGUUUGUUUUUAUUGUAUUUGUGAAUUAGUCGUUUAAAGAAUAAAGUGGAUUUUUUGUUUCCCUGGUGGGAUUUUUGGGAACGUUCUGCUUGUUCAUACAGAGUCAUUGAAUUCUCAUUUGGUACUAGAUCCCACUAGGUGCCAUAGGCAAUUAUUAGAAUUACAAUUAGCACACCCCCCCAAUUUAUUUUUUAUUAUAUACAAAUGGUCCACUGGGUACCUGUGUGCAUUAGCAGUUUCAGCAGAACAUAACGGAGAAGCAAAUUUAUCUCUUGUUACUUUAUACUCUGAGGCAGUUCUGUGACAAUCUUAAGUUCAGCGGUCUACCAUGUUAAUGACCCAUUCAGCGGUCUACAGUGUUAGGAGGCUAGACCCAGUGUGGUUAGAGAAGGGAUGUUAGGAAUUAAGAAUUAUCUGUCAAAAAAAAAAAAAAAAGAUAAAAAGUUCUGAUUAUCUUUUAAAUAAGGGUAAAGUUGUCCUUCUUACUCUCUGCCUAGGUUUCUCCUCUGUAGAUACUGCUUAUCUAUCCUUCCCUCAUUCUUCAGAUCUCAAUGUACUGCUUCCUCAAGGAAGUCCUCUGUAAGUCUCCCCUUCAUACUCCUCUCCCAUCUCCCAGAUCUGGCUUCACUGCCACUUCUAGGUAUUUCUCCUAUCUUUGCACCUCGAACACUUUCUUGUUAUCACUUGUUUGUCUUUCCCAUAGACUGAAAGUUCCCUAAAGGCAAGAUCCUUUCUUGCUCAUUACUGUAGCCCAGCACUCACAUAAUACUAGCCUGUAAGUAGUAACCUUCUCAAUAAAUAUUUAAUAAUUACAUGUCAUGAAAUUGUGUUAACUGUCUUUGGUGACCUCAUCUGAGUAAGCAUAUCGGGUCACUUACAGCUGUUUUAGGCACCAGUUCAAUUGUGCUACUGUUGGAUCUUUCAAGGAUAUGUGACCAAAUUUUACAUAAUUCCUGGUUAAAAUAUGCCAGUAUUUUAUUGUUUGUUUGUUUGUUUGUUUGGGGGUAAAGACAAAAGGCAGUCAGGAUGAUGCUUUCUUUGAUUUUAUGAUGCCAAGAGGAAAAGGUUAGAGAGCCAAGGUAGUUCUUUAUUUGUAUAUUGGUAUGUCAGACUUGUUCAGUCAGCAAGUAUUUCCUGAUCUCUAAUCAAGUCUUUGUUGAUCUACAAGAUACUGUGCUAGAUGCUAUGGGAGAUUCAAAGCCAAAUUAUGCAUGGAUUCUCUCUUCAAGUUGCCCAUAGCCUGAUAAGAGGAAACAGAAAUAUAACAGAAGGAAGAAAACAGUAGGUGACAUAGAGGUAUAAUGACCAUUCCAGAGAAGAUGCUUAAAUAUUUGGCUACUAAAUUUUUGUUCAUCAUCUGUUGAUAGGGAUAUAGUAAAGUGGUAAAUGCAAAUCAUGGAUGAAAUUUAUAAGAUCGCUUCCACAGAAAGAAUCCAGCAGUUAGAAAAAGAACUGGCUAUGCAACUGACUGAACUAAAGUCUGAGAUAGAAGAACAGGAGACUCAUCCAGCUUACAGCUCUGUUCGAAUACCAAAGGACAUUUCUUACUUCAGAAGAGAAAGGGAACUGGCUCUAAAGAAAACUUUACAGGUGGCUGAGUCAAAGCCGCUUGUUGUUCAAGCAGAUGUCAUGCAGAGGGAGCUAGAGAGCUGCCUAAGAAGAGAGUACACCCCGGAAAAUUUACCUUUGCUUCUGUUGCAGUAUUAUACAGAGAGAAUUACCCAGUUGGCCCAGAGUAAAUAUUUGCACAUGCUUAGAUGGAAGAGGUUUUGCCAGCAGAGUAAGAUUAUGGAGCAACUUUAUCCUCUUUACAAGAAACAAGUUGCCUACAUUAUGCAGGAGUACAAUGAUGCAGUCCAGAGAGCUGAAAGAUUGUCUGUUGCACGGGAAAACUUCCUUAUGGGAAAAAGCAAUCCUUCUAACUUAGUCACACAGGAAGACCUGACUAUUUACACAAAGUGGUUUGUGUGUCACCUACAAUCACUCACAACCAUUCACCACUACCUACAGUCUCUCCAGUAUUUGCCGGUCUCCAAAGUGCUGAGCGUAGCUGUUGAUGAAGAUCCGGAGGCUGGUCAGGAGGAUGAAGAGGUCUGUGUCAAUGACAUCAACCCUAACAACCAGGGUUCUGUAUCUCCAGGCCCUGUGGAUACCAGCAUUUCAGGGCCGACAAGAACAGAAACUGCUUUUUUCCUGCCCCAACACACAACUGAAAGAGAAGAACUGAAACCUCUGCUGGGGCUCCUGCUCUCCCAUUUCAGUAUCUCCUAUGACAUGGAGGAGCUGCGGGAUGCUGCUCAGGAAAUGGAGCUUUUUAACUUGGUUUCCAAAAAAUUCCGAAGCAUCUUCAUGGAACAGCAGAGAAUGCAAACAUUUCCAGAUUAUGAUGCUGAGAUAGCUAAAGUGGAGAAGUUGGGUUUGGCAGGUCCUGGUAUGGCCUUGAAAAAGAGAGCUAACUGGACUUCCUUUAUAAAGAUUAAGCCAAAAUGUGAUCCUUGGCAAAAGAAGAUUUUGACUAGACUAAAAGAAAGGAGAAGAAUAGAUGUAUUAAUGCAACUCCAAGCAAAGUUUUUGAAGAUUUCCAGCCCCGAGCGAGUAAUGCAAGUGCUCCAAGACCACGCUGCAAAGACAAUCAUGCCAGCUCCAUCUCGUCCAACUUUCGUGGCUUCCCAGGGUUUGCAUCAGUGCAACUAUGACCACAUCUGGGAGAAUAUUUAUAGCAACAUCAAUCUCUACCAGAAUGAAAAUAUGAGGGAAGAGGACCUUUCAAUGGAACAAAGUGAAAAUGACCUAGUACUAAUAAGUCGUUGCCAACAUGCUGGUGAGCCCGCCAAGCAGAAGAAAGAGACAGGGUACAGCUUUGCAGUGGCCCUGCAACUGCUCGGUUUGGAUGGUGGGACCGGGCCCAGUGAUGGGAGUCCUGUCCUGAUGAGAGGAGCCUACUUGUCCUUCCUGUAUCUGCGCCACCUGCGAAUCAGGGAGCUGCAGCGCACCUGUCUGGGAAUUCUGAACUACUUCAGAUCCGUUGAGCGAACACUGACAAUCAACACUUCAGGCCUUACCUUCGUUGGAGGGAGUCUGGUCCCCACCAUAGAGGAUAGUUCCUGGGUAAAUACAGCCGAGGGAGGUCUGGGCACCUCGCAAGGCCUAGGAGCUCACCGCUAUGUCCACGGGACAGCUGCUGAGCAUAAGGUCCACAGUGUCCGAUUCAUGGAGUUCUCGGAAGUGGAGAACCAGGACGACUACUACAGCAUGGGGGCUGCGUCCGUCUUCACGCAGGACCCGCACGGAGUACAUAUCAUGUACGAUGAAGCCUUGAGCGAUCUGAAGGAGCUCGAGGCAGAGGUGCUACUUGUGGCCAGCCAUUACAUCGAGAAAGAAAAAGGUCACAAAGAGGGCAGUGAGUCAAAUACUGGCCAGGACUGGGGACGGGCCCAUGCAAGUGUGGACAGAUUUGCUGUGCUGUAUGACAUGUGGACUUGGGAAGCAGCCCUUCUAGAAAACAAGCGCCAGCUUCUUGACAGUUACUUCGAAGCCUACCAGCACGUGUUGGACCCUGAGGAGAGGUUUGCCUUAGCACAAGUGAUCACUGACCUAAUGCACAGGCGCCCGAGGUUUGAUCUCAGCCGCCCUUAUUUCCUUAAAGCCUACCGAGAUGAGGGCACCUGCCUGAGGCUUCACUUGGAGCUAGUAAGGGGCAUCCUCAAUCAGCACAUAGAGCGUCAGCGGGAAUAUGUCCAGAGGCUUUGGCAGGAAGGCCGUCCAGAUGAUAGCAGUAACUUUGGACUUCCCCUUAACAUAAUUUGCAAACAACUUAUUUCCAUCAACAAUAGCUGCCCAGCUUUGAAAAAUAUUUAUCUGCUGGAGUUCCAUCCUUCCCUGGGCCUGGCAUCACUCAUCUCCCGAUCCCUUGAGCACCUCCUCCAGGAGGCCCGCCACACCUGCAGACCAACAUCCGCCAGCAGCUUCACCUUGCUGGAGAGACGUGUGCUGCGGCUGGCCCUGGAUACGUGGCUUACACCGGCCAGGCCCGAGUCCUGGUACAGCACUCAGCUCCAGAGGGAUCUGUUUUCAGCUAAAGUAAUGGGAGAUCCCUUUCUUCUGGAGGAGAUAGGUCUGUUUGCUCUCAAGUCUGCCGCAGACGAAGGACAGAACCAAAGCCAAGGUUCUUCUGUGCAGCUCCUGGAGACAUUCUCGAAACUUCUGGAACUUGUGACCCUCCGCCACCGGCUAAUAGAAAUGAGUCUGGAGAGUGUACACUUAGCUCGUCUCUAUAAGGAACUGGCAUGGGAGAUGGGUUUUGAAGAGUUCCAUUUGUAUCUGAGGCCCAUUCACUUUGAAUUUGCAUCACUCAAAGACAAAGUGGACCACCCACCUCCUGUCUUUAUCACCUCUCUGCUGGAGGACAGUGAUCAAGUGGACAGAUAUGCUCCUGCUACCCUUGUCUUAGCCAUCUCUGAGGUGGAUGAUAACCAGGUUGGCAAGUUCAGCUUUUAUACAAAGGAAGCCAUCCUUAAGCUCUUAUUCCAUUCAGGAGUGGAAAAUAUGCAAGUGACCCUUGCAUGCCAAGCAGCUCAGAAAAAUGCCUUGAUGGUGGCUCUCCAGCAGGCAUCCUUCUAUCCCAUGCCCCGGUGCGGCUGUCCUGCUGAUGCAAAGGAAAUAAGUUCAGAUCUGAGAAAUCAUGGUGGAAUGGGUCCAACCAGAAGAAGAAAUUCCAGAAUUGUGAAUGACAUAGAGAACGCACCAGUAGCCCCAUAUCCAAAAGUUCCAGACACCCUUACUCACCCUUCAGAAAGAUUCCAGGCUACCAAAAGGGCUCCGGAGGCUUUUGUGUCCAUUCAACUAGAAAAGGUGGGGCUGCGGGACGUGAUGCUGAACGCCUUCCUCCUCAGGAAACAAACCAUGGCCGACAGAAUGAAGAGCCUUGAUGAAGUUGGUAAAGUCAAGAGAGAUGUUAUAGUUGAAUAUUGUCAGAAGUUCAACUGCCGUAUGUCUCACUAUGCUCUUCGGGGUCAGAUUAUGGCAUACUGCAAUAGUCUGAGAGCCCUGCUAGAAGAUUUCCCUACCAUCAGAGAUACAUUUUUCAUGGUGGGGCAACCAGAAGAAAAGAAAGGGUUGAGAGACUCCAAGGAGGGCCUCAAGGCUGACCCCAGGAGUUUUCGGGCCCGGCCGCGGGGUUUGCUGUCUGCUGACGGGAAGGUCUUCCUCAAUUUAUGGUUCCUGCCCCAUCCUUCUGAAGUGCUGGUUAUGUUCAAAACUCUGCCAGAAGAGGCAGCUUUCCAAGCCUUACAGCUAACUCUACAGCUGAUAGCCUCUCUCCAUGACAUUGUGGCCUACCUUUUCAGUUUUGCUCAACUUGGAAAUUGUCCAACAUGUUUUGAAUUUCCUCUAAGUGCUAACCCCCUGAAAGGCAACUGGGGAGGAACUGAGGGCAUUGGGUCUGAGCUGCAGGAGCUGCAGAAAAUGAUUGACAACCUCCAGAGCCCCCAGGACCCUACCCAGGUGUCCCAGGCACUCCUCCUUCGAAGGGAGGUUAUGUUUUUGCAGUUUGACGCCGCAGUGAGACACCUUAUCCGAAGAACAUUUUUGGCCACGGGAAACGCUCCUGCCUACCAGUCUGUCACAGAUGGCAUGUACCACGGAUUGCCCCCGCUGAGCAGCUCUCUUGUGAAGAGCAUUUUUGCUUCACAGCUCAGCCUGCCCCAGCCACUGGAUCCACGGAGCCUCCAGGCAUCCAUGCUAUUCCCUUGGAGAGCAUUUCUGGAAGAUGGAGGACUGUUUCCAGUUAUGAGUAGCAGACCAGAUACCCUAGAAUAUAAUAUGCAGCUGUGCCUCUGUGGGCUGAGUGAGCUUGACCUCAAGGUAGCCCAUGGAGAGCUGGUGGGCAUGCAGCUGCUUUUGGAAGAUGUACUUCUGAGCAGCCAUCAUAUGACCAUGGAGGACCCCUCCACACAGCAAGCCACACUGGACAAACACAGUCAGAUACUCUUGCCAGGUGUGUCUAGAGUGCCAGGAUUCAGAAAUCCGUUCCAAAGCAGCCCCAAAGCCUCCAGACUGCUGAGGGGCCCAUGCAAUGCAGUGAUGUCCCUUGCUGUUCUGAGAUCCUUUCUGGUGCUGUGGAAGCAGCUGGAAGUACUAAAGGAGCACUGGGGCCGACUCAAACUGCGAGGCCAGGACCUUGAUUCUGUCUCCCUCCACAAACAGUUCUCAGAACUCUACGGAACUGACAUUCUCUAUCCCAGCAUGAAAGCUAUAGCUAGGCGGAUGGGGAAAGAAGAUGAAUUCGAAGGUAUUAUAAUAAGCAGUCAGUCUAUUCUUCCCCCCAAAGGAGCUUCAGAAAUCGAAAUAAAAACUCAGCAGCUUCAGAAACUUCUGGAAAAUCUUGAAAUUCAUAUGAUCCAAGAAGUAUUAAGAAAAGUUAACAGAGAGAUAGCACUGGUUGUAUCAGAAAAAUCGAAGAAGAUGUAUACUCUCCCUACAGACCUUUGGAAGCACCAUGUCAUGAAAGAAAACUUUUCCAUUAACAGGCCACAAAUAGUUGAAAAAUUCAAACAGAGAUUAAUGGAAAAUUACCAGGAUGGUGGACUAGAGGUCACGUUCAGGAAAGACCACUUUGAGGGCUGCCUCCUUUCCUUGGGUUGCGAUGUGAUGGCAAGAGAACGCAGCAACUUUGAGAGCUACUCCAUGUGUUACGAGCAUGUGUUGGAGCACGCUCGGCAGAAGCUCUUCCAGAAAGAGCAGGAAUUAGAUAUCAUCCGAAGAGAUUCAGAUCCACCUGAAGACAACGCUGGUCAGGUUGCAGAGCUCAGUCAUGCUAUGAUCAUGGAAAUCACUGCUCUGAGAGCUCGACUCACAGAUUUGGAAGAGGAGAAUCUGAAUCUCAACAAGCAGAUCAGAAAAGAAGUCCAGGAAGAAUAUGAAGCAUUAGUUCGAGCUCUGUUUGCAACGUGCUUGCACAUAAAAGAAAAGCUGGAUGAGAACCAGAAUAAUUUGAUCCAGAAAGUGUGUGAGCUCAUCGGCGAAGUAAGAACAGAAGGGAUUGACAAUUUGAAGGGCCUAAAGAAGAAAUGGGGCUCUGCCAGACCUGAUAAAGGAAUGAACGAAAACCCAGCGAAAGAGCAGCUGCAGGCUCUGGAGCAGGACAGCAGCGGCCUGGCUGCGCUGGUGUGCAAAUUGAGGAGCCUGGGCCACUGGAGGCUGGCGGUGCAGCAGGCUCGCUUCCAGCGCCAGGUGAACAGGGCGGAGAAGGAAGCUCUGCAAAGUAAAAAAGAGCACUUGAGCGUCCAGCUAAUGGCAGACCAAGAAGCGGUUUUACUUCGUCAACAGUUACGGGCUCUAAGGCAGGCCCUGGCCGGGGCUCAGGCCGACAACGCCAGGAUGCUCCACCAGCACCAUAACCAGGCUCAACUGCUGAGAGAGCUGCAACACAAGUUGACCCAGGAGGCUCGCCACUGGCAACAGAUGGAUCUGAUGAAAACCUCCAGCAUGGAGAAGCUCCUGGAAGACGUGGAGAAAAAGGAACAGCACCUGCAGCUCCUGACAGAAGUGGCUGAGAGGGCUUCCAGGCUGGGCCAGCUUCAGCAGAAGAGAAGUCAGAGAGAACUCCAACAGAUGAGAAGCCGGCUUGCCCAGGAGCGGAGUGUGAAGCUGGAUGCUUUCCAGCGCGUACAAGAGCUACAAAGUCAGCUUAGUGACGCUGAGCAAUCGUCUGUCCGGAUGAGCUCACCAGGCGGCCUUAAACCUCGGGCUCAGUAUUCCCUACGUUCUGCUCCCACAUCAUCCAGACACUCCCAGCAACACCUUUUAAGGACUCAUCUUAUGAGCAGUAAAAUGACAAGGAGGAUUCAAAGGCCAGACACCGUACCUAUUAAACACGAAAGAAGGACUGACAACGUCUUUCUACCCAACGUGGCAGAAAAUGUUCAAUGUUCAGCUUUUCAAGUUCACACAGCUCCAUCCAUAAUCCCAUAAAGACCUGAUUGGUAAUCAUAUAUCAUUUUCCACAUUUUAUUUCCUUGAGCAUUUGAAUGAAUAAAAAUGAUUCUAA